UGUAAUAGGGGAGCAUAGAUUAAUAAAUUAUAUAGGUAGAUUUAAUAUCAUAUCCUGUUUAGUGCAGUUAUACAGUAUAUGAAUUUUGUGUCAUAUGAUAAACCAUUUAUUAUACUUCUGACUUGUUGGUGUCAAAGAAGUCAGUCUUCUAAACAGUUUUAAAACUUCAGAGCUACAAAACAAUUAACACUGUGUGCUGGCAAGUGAGUGAGAUCGGUUUUUUACUUUUAUUUUUGUUUUUUUGUUUUUUCCAUUUACCUGACUCAUAGAAUUAGUUGUUUUAAUUAAUUUAUUUAUUUAUUGCAAUUAGCAAUAUAUUAGAGAUAUAUUUGUUGGCAAAAUACAGCUUAUGACUGUAGUGUAUCUUAGUGUUGUUAAAAUCAACUUCAUUUCUUUAGACGGACACUGUGUGUUAAAGGAUUUUUCAGCAUGAAGGACCUUCCUGCACAAAAUAUCUCAUUCACAGACUUCAAAUUAAAUGGUUUCUACAGCUUAGGAGAAUGGAGGCCUUUUUUAUUUAUUCCUUUCUUUCUUAUGUUUUUAUUGUCUAUCCAAGCAAAUUCUAUUCUAAUAUAUUUAAUAAAAUCUCAAAAAUCUCUACAUUCUCCAAUGUAUGUACUAAUAGGUGUUAUGGCAGUUGUAGACUUGAUCUUGCCAAUAAUUUUUGUACCAAACAUGCUUCUUAGCUUUUUAUUUAAUUGGAGUGGGAUAUCUUUAACAGGUUGUUUGAUACAAAUGUUUGGCAUUCAUUUUGUUGGAACAUUUCAAAAUACUUUGCUUUUGUGGAUGGCACUGGAUCGUUACUUUGCAAUAUGCAAACCUCUUAAUUAUCACAAAUACAUGGAAAUUCCUAACUUUCUAAAGUAUGUUGUUGUGCCAGUAAUCAGAAAUGGACUUCUGAUAGUCACUAUGGUCUCUCUGGCUGGAAAACUGUCAUUUUGUGUAACAAAUGUGAUUGAUCACUGUUUUUGUGAGCACAUGGCAUUGGUUCAGUUAGCAUGUGGAGAUAUAUCUGUUAAUAAUAUUGUAGGACUUGUGUCUGCUUUCCUUAUACCAACUGCAGAUUUUAUUCUCAUUACUGUUUCCUAUGUUGUAAUUUUCACCUCUGUGUUGAAAUCUGGAAAAGCUCACGUGAAGGCCUUAAACACCUGCAUUACUCACUUAAUUGUCUUAACAUUUAGCUUGACUUCUGCACUGACUGCAUUUUUGUCAUACAGAAUAAGGAAUAACAUUUCCUCCAGUAACCGUGUAUUCAUAAGUAUUGUUUACUUAUUUUUUACAUGUUGUUUUCACCCAAUAAUUUAUGGAUGGAGAACAAAAGAAAUAAGACAAACGUUUAUAAAAUUUUUCAAUAAUGCAAAGGUCUUUCCUUUAAAAAUAUGAAUUACUUAUGAAUUACUGUUUUAUGGAUAAAUGGGUAAAAGAACAUGACGAUACAUUAAAGAUGUGACCUUAACACAUAGAGCUAUUGUUCUGAAGGAUCAAAUGCCCUAUUGCUAGGCAGACAUCACUGAAGGUGUCCUGAAAUAUCAUUCCUGCUCUUGGUUCUGUAAACAAAGCAAAAACAAAAUGACUACUGCUUUUAAUGUGUUUUGAACAAAAUAUGGUCAUAUUGUCAUUAUUGUUUAAUAGAUCAAGACUGAUGUAAACAUUAUUUAUCAAUCUAUACUCCACAACCCAUUAAAAAAAAAAAAAAAAAUCUGAUAAUUUUGCCCCCCCAAAAAAAAAAAGUCACAUUGACAGAAGUUAACCGCUUGCUAAGACACUGGAAAUUUAGCUCAGGUGCAUCCCAUUUUUCUGGAUCAUCUUUGAGAUAUUUCUAUAGGUGUUGUCCACCCACAACUGUGCAGUUUUUUUUGACUAAAAAUUGCGUCCACUUGAUUGGUGUCUAUAAUUAGUAAAUUUGCCAGAGUAAAAUUUACUCAAAUUGAAGAAAUUUUUACUCUAUGCCAGAUAACAUUUGGUCCCUCUCUGAAAAGAGUAAAAGUUACUCUUUCAAUAGAGUCAAUUUUCCAGAGUUAAUUAUGCUCAAUUUAGAGUUAAUUUUACUCUUUCCUGUGAUAUUUUACUCUAUUUAGUUUUUUUUUUUUUUUAAAUCAACUCUCGCACUAUUUUACUCAGUUCAGAACUCUUUUAACUCUGUUUAGAGUUCCAAUUUACUCUGCCACAAUUUACUUCCCCUCCAGAGUUGUUUAUCAUCAAUUAUGAGUGAACUACAAAGAAUAACUAACUCUACUGAGAGUUAUUGUUCUGAAUUCACCAUUCAUGAUUUACCCUCAAAAAUAUAAAUGAAAAAACCUGCUUUUCAGUUUGAAAAUAAAAUUAACAACAAACUGUAUACUCAUGUCUCACAAUUUUAUUUUUCAAGCACCU